UAUAGAAGCGCUCGUCUUUGGACUUCAUAAACAGUAGCCAAAAUGCCAAAUCACCAAAAAUAAGCAGCCGAGCUUCCACACUCUCUUUCCUCUCUCCUCGCUCUCUCUCUCUCUCUCUCUCUCUCUCUCUCCAGAGCCCUCCAAAUCUGAUAAAUCGAAACCCUAACGCAAUCUCUAUCUAGAUGCUCUUUCUUCGAAUUUGCAGAGGUCUUGUGUCUCCAAAUCUGAUAAAUCGAAACCCUAACGCAAUCUCUAUCUAGAUGCUCUUUCUUCGAAUUUGCAGAGGUCUUGUGUUCUGAGUUCUGAUCAGCCAUUUCUCUUUUUUUUUCUUUGGUUGAAUUUCGUGACGUCCUUGAACUCCCGAUUGUGAGGUUUCCUGUCUGUCUUUGCAAAAUUGGAUUAUGAAAUCGUGAAAAUUUUACUUUGAGAUUGAUUUUCAGAUCCAGUUUGUUCGGGAAUUUGCUGUUGAGUCGAAUGGAGAUGGGAAGAGGAGGGCAAAACUACGGAGAAGGAGACGGUACUUUAGGUAAUUCGGUGAGCCGGGACACGUUUUCCGCUUGGUCGACGGAUGGUCGCGAAUGCGAAGAGAAGCUCGGGGUGCAAAGGGAGCGUGGACUGUCGGCGGAAGAGGUCGAGAGGCGGCGCGAGAUCUUCGGCUGGAACGAUCUGGAGAAGCACGAGGGCCCGUCCAUCCUGCGGUUGAUAUUGGAUCAGUUCAACGACACUCUGGUGAGGAUCUUGCUCGCUGCCGCCGUUAUAUCGUUCGUGUUAGCGUGGUACGAUGGCGACGAAGGCGGCGAGAUGGAGAUAACGGCGUUUGUGGAGCCUCUGGUGAUAUUUUUGAUCUUGAUUGUGAACGCAAUUGUUGGGGUUUGGCAGGAGAACAAUGCUGAGAAGGCGUUAGAGGCUCUUAAAGAGAUUCAAUCUGAGCACGCGACGGUGAUUAGGGAUGGCAGAAAGGUUCCAAAUUUUCCGGCAAAGGAGCUUGUGCCUGGGGAUAUUGUUGAGCUUCAUGUGGGCGAUAAGGUACCUGCCGAUAUGAGGAUUCUGAAUUUGAUAACCUCGACAUUCCGGGUUGAGCAGAGUUCAUUGACUGGGGAGAGUGAAGCAGUUAAUAAAACUGUGAAGGUUGUUCCAGAAUAUUCAGAUAUUCUAGAGAAGAAGUGUAUGGUUUUCGCGGGUACAACUGUGGUGAAUGGGAACUGUAUUUGUUUAGUUACACAGACUGGUAUGAGUACGGAGAUUGGGAAGGUUCAUUCGCAGAUCCAAGAGGCAUCGCAGAGUGAGGAAGAUUCUCCAUUGAAGAAAAAGUUAAAUGAGUUUGGAGAGACUCUGACCGCUAUAAUUGGAGUAAUUUGUGCGUUGGUUUGGCUUAUAAAUUUGAAGUAUUUUCUGACAUGGGAAUAUGUUGAUGGGUGGCCUAGGAAUUUUAAGUUCUCGUUUGAGAAGUGCACAUACUAUUUUGAAAUUGCAGUGGCAUUGGCAGUGGCUGCCAUUCCUGAAGGUCUGCCGGCUGUGAUCACGACGUGCUUGGCUCUUGGGACGAGAAAGAUGGCUCAGAAGAAUGCAUACGUUCGAAAGUUGCCUAGUGUUGAAACUCUUGGUUGUACAACUGUGAUUUGUUCAGAUAAAACUGGUACCUUAACAACCAAUCAGAUGGCGGCGGCAAAGCUUGUAGCUAUGGGUCAGAGGAAAAAUAUUCUUCGGACUUUUAGCAUUGAAGGAACAACAUAUAAUCCUUUUGAUGGCAGAAUACCAGACUGGCCAUUUCAAAUGGAUGCAAAUCUUCAAAUGAUUGCAAAGAUUGCUGCUGUGUGCAAUGACGCUAGUGUAGAAAAAAAAACUGGAAAUCAAUAUGUCGCCAAUGGAAUUCCUACUGAGGCAGCGUUGAAGGUUCUGGUUGAGAAAAUGGGAGUUCCUGGAGGUUUAGAUAAUGUUCCAUCUCAGGAUCAGAGCGAUGCACUACGUUGUUGUCAAAUAUGGAAUAGUAUUGAAUGUCGAAUUGCAACUCUUGAAUUUGACCGUGAUCGGAAGUCCAUGGGAGUUAUUGUGAAUGCCCAAUCUGGAAGAAAGUCAUUGCUAGUGAAGGGUGCUGUAGAAAACCUAUUAGAAAGAAGCUCUUAUAUUCAGCUAGUUGAUGGUUCUGUUGUAGACCUUGAUCAGAACACAAAAGAUCUUAUUUUACAAAGCCUUCAGGAACUUUCGACAAGUGCAUUACGUUGUCUGGGCUUUGCAUACAAGGAGGACCUCGUAAAAUUUGAUACGUAUAAUGGUGAUGAAAACCAUCCGGCCCAUGAACUUUUACUUGAUCCAUCCAAUUAUUCUUCAAUUGAGAGUAAACUCAUUUUUGCUGGCUUAGUUGGGUUAAGGGAUCCUCCCCGGCCAGAGGUCCGUCAGGCGAUUGAAGACUGUCAAGCAGCUGGCAUCAAAGUCAUGGUAGUUACAGGAGAUAACAAAAAUACAGCAGAGGCUGUUUGUCGUGAAAUAGGUGUUUUUGGUCUUCAUGAAGAUAUCCGUUCAAAAAGCGUGACAGGAAAAGAGUUCAUGGAACUUUCUGAUCCAAAAAGUUAUUUAAGACAAAGCGGAGGCCUCCUGUUCUCUAGGGCUGAACCGAGACAUAAACAAGAGAUUGUAAGGUUGCUUAAAGAAGGUGGCGAAGUGGUUGCCAUGACUGGUGAAGGAGUGAAUGAUGCACCUGCCUUGAAGCUGGCUGAUAUUGGCAUUGCAAUGGGAAUUGCUGGGACAGAGGUUGCAAAAGAAGCCUCUGACAUGGUGUUAGCAGAUGAUAAUUUUAGUACAAUAGUUUCAGCUGUUGGUGAAGGGAGAUCGAUUUACAACAAUAUGAAAGCUUUUAUAAGAUACAUGAUUUCCUCAAAUAUUGGUGAGGUGGCUUCUAUAUUUCUGACAGCAGCUUUGGGGAUUCCUGAAGGUCUGAUCCCUGUGCAACUGCUGUGGGUCAAUCUUGUUACUGAUGGACCUCCAGCCACAGCUUUGGGAUUCAAUCCACCAGAUAAAGAUAUAAUGAAAAAACCCCCUCGAAGAAGCAACGAUUCAUUAAUAAAUCCUUGGAUUUUAUUCCGCUAUCUGGUGAUUGGGUCCUAUGUUGGUAUAGCUACUGUAGGAGUAUUUAUCAUAUGGUACACCCACGACACCUUCUUGGGCAUUGACCUGAGUGGAGAUGGGCAUAGUCUUGUCACCUACUCCCAGCUUUCCCACUGGGAUCAGUGCUCUUCUUGGGAGGGUUUCUCGGCAUCACCUUUCACAGCAGGGAAUCUAGUGUUCAACUUUGACAGAGAUCCAUGUGAGUACUUCACGACUGGGAAAAUCAAAGCCAUGACUCUCUCCCUCACUGUCUUGGUUGCCAUUGAGAUGUUUAACUCCCUCAAUGCUCUCUCCGAGGAUGGCAGCCUCUUGUCAAUGCCUCCAUGGGUCAACCCAUGGCUUCUUGUUGCCAUGUCCAUCUCAUUUGGCCUGCACUUUUUGAUCCUUUAUGUUCCAUUCCUUGCUCAAGUAUUUGGCAUUGUUCCUCUCAGCCUUAAUGAAUGGCUCUUGGUAUUAGCCAUUACUUUCCCCGUGAUUUUGAUCGAUGAGGUUCUCAAGUUCAUUGGAAGGUUUACGGAUAGAUUCUGUACAUCUUGUGCAAAAUUUUCAAAGCACAAGGCAGAAUAAAAGACUGAACAAAGGAGAUCAUUGGCGUAGAAGAUUUUGCCAUUUAUAAAGUAUUCAUGCUGCGGGAUUAUCUGUUAAAGUCUUGGUCCCCCUCAAAUCCUCUUCCUUUCAAAAUGCGGAAGGUUUGGUUGGACCUUGAAUGAUUUGAUAAAUUUGUUUUAAGACAGACUUGUAUUACUCUUUUACCGUAGAAAUGGCCCAGACAGAAAGUUAAUCUUCUUU